GCGCGAGUGCUCGUUGUUUGUACACGUUGGACGCUGCUACGCUGUUGACACGCGCGAUUGCGCCCAUUUCCAAGUUUUCCUCGUACAAUUUGUAUUCUCCCAUUGAAGUGAUACGUACGUACAGAUGUAACUGUCCUUGUGUCGAGGCUCUCGUCCCGGGACUCUUCCAGCGAUGUUUCGACCGCUUUUCUCCAAGCCGGGGGAUAGCACGUGGCAGGAGGAUAAGCCCGAUAUCGAUGCCCACUCGUCGACGCAAUUUGUUUACAAUGCGCAUCACUCGCUCGCGCUCGACAUGCAGCGUCAACGGCUGCCCAUAUUCAGAAACAAAGACCACAUUAUUUAUUUGUUGGAGAAAUACCAGACCCUGGUUCUGGUCGGCGAGACGGGUUGUGGUAAAAGCACGCAAGUUCCCCAGUAUCUUUUCGAGGCAGGAUGGUGUGCGGAUGGAAAAAAGAUCGGCAUCACCGAGCCCAGGAGAGUCGCCGCCACCUCUCUGGCGAAUCGCGUGGCCGACGAGCGCAAUUGCAUUCUAGGAACCACUGUGGGUUAUUGCAUACGCUUCGAUGAUUACACUGAUGAAACAACUAAGAUUAAGUAUAUGACAGAGGGCAUUCUUCUACGGGAAUUAAUGAGCGAUCCGUUAUUAACAAGCUACUCGGUCAUUAUCCUGGAUGAAGUGCACGAAAGAACGCUCUUGACUGAUAUCAUAAUGGGACUGUUGAAGAAAAUAAUCAGGAAACGGAAGAGUCUGAGAAUUAUUGUAUCGUCGGCGACGGUGGACGCGGAGGAGCUACGAGAUUUCUUUAACGUAAAUACGACGAAGGACUCGAGUAAAGAUAGCGCCGUUAUCAUGAGCGUCGAGGGGCGGUUGUAUCCGGUAGAUGUAUUCUUUCUGAAAGAACCGGUGGCGAAUUAUGUUAACGGUGUAGUGGACACCGCUCUAAAAAUACAUGAGACAGAAGAGCCGGGUGAUAUCCUGGCGUUUCUCACAGGUCUCGACGAGGUCGAUCAGGCCGUCUCUCUCUUGUCGGAACACGCGAAGCUUAUAAAAGACGACAAACAGAAGCUGCUUCCGUUGCCGAUGUACGGAUCGCUUCCGAACGCGGAGCAGCUUAAAGUGUUCUGGAGGGCAGCCAAGGAUACUCGCAAAGUUAUCGUAGCGACCAACAUCGCGGAAACGUCUAUUACUAUUCCAAAUAUUGUUUACGUAAUCGAUUGCGGUUUCGUCAAGAUACCUUGGUUCGAAGCGGAAGCGCAGACGAACAGCCUCGUUAUUGUGCCCGUAUCGAAAGCUUCCGCCAACCAGCGAGCCGGCCGAGCAGGUCGCGUACGUACUGGAAAAGCAUUUAGAUUGUACACAGAAGAGGCUUAUGCUGAAUUGUUCGAGGCUACUCCACCGGAAAUGCAACGGUCAGAUUUGGCGCCGGCGAUACUGCAACUGAAGGCCCUGGGCAUCGAUAAUGUGUUGCGCUUCAAUUUUCCAUCCGCGCCGCCCAGCAAGAAUCUAGUUACGGGAUUGGAAUUACUUUAUGCAUUGGGUGCAAUCGACAGUAAUGGAGAUUUGACGACACCGUUAGGUCUAACGAUGGCGGAGAUGCCUUUGGAGCCGGUGCUGGCGAAAUCCUUAAUCGUGUCUGGUGAGAUGGAAUGUUCCGAGGAAAUCACAACAAUAUUCGCCAUGCUGCAAGUUCAGAAUGUUUUUGUGCAACCCGGUGGAGGGCAAGCGGCUUUAAAAGCGAGAAUAGCACAUCGCAAAUUUGAGGUGGAAGAGGGAGAUCUUCUUACUUUGCUGAACGUUUACACAUCUUUUGCACAGAACAAAACGCCCGCCUGGUGCCAGAAGCAUUUCCUUAACCAUAAAGCUUUGCGGAGAGCUAUGGAAAUCCGCGCUCAAAUGCAUAAAAUGCUGAAACGCUUAGACAUUCCACUGGUGUCCUGCAAUGGUAGGAAACUUGAAUUUAAUUGUAAAUGUAAUGUUAUAUGGACACUACACUAUACUUCUCUACUUUUUUAUACGAUCAAUGGUUACCGUCAUGAUGGUUACCGUGCCGUGACUGCCGUGCCCGCGUAA